GCCUACCAGAACCCUGCAGUCGGCUGCGCAACAGCCCUUUACGACGACAGCGGUGCAGCGCCUGUUGUUGCUCCUUUCAUCACAGCACUUAGCUUUCCUGACGAGGAUCCGAGUUGGGAGUAUGCCAACGGCACGGUGUCGUGGACCCAAGACAGCUUGACAGCAGAUCAAGCAUCGGUGUCUCACUACAAGGUGUUUUUGGCAGAGGAUCUAAGCGGCACGAACCAGCUGCUGGUCAACACGGUCUCUCGCGAGAGUUCUUCUGCAUCGGUGGCCAGCACCAUGAUAGGUUACCGCAACCACGUGUUGGUUUACGCUUCGAACAACUACGGGGACUCACCGACUUCGGUAGGCUUGGAGUAUCAGGGCAAGAGCCCACUGACCACCAGUACGGCAACUACAACGUCCACCUUCACUGCCACGACGUCCUCCACCACAUCACAGACCGAAACCGGAACUGUGACCGUGACCACGACCCUUUUCACCGUGGGUGUCGGUAACUUGCAGUUCACCGACACCAUUGACACAUAUUUUUUCAUCGGCGGAGUACUGACUUGGGAAGAGCCAGCAGACACGUCAGGUAUCACAGAGUAUCGCGUAAGACUGGUUUUCGAUGUCGCGGCCUCGCGAGAGCAGAUCGUCUACGAGCCAGACCUUGGCUUUGCCACGGCCGUGCCGGUCGGGACGACCCGGUUCAAAAUUCUGGAUAACACAGCAAGGAGAUUUGCAUGCUGUGAUCCGUCGAGCUAUCCUGCAGCCUGGCUCAUCGUCUACAUUGUCAAGGGAUCUAUACAGCAGGAGGCCAUUUACGCUGGCCAUGCCCUCAUCCGGGACAACCAGACGACCCACGUAGCAGAUAGCAUCUACGUUCAAGAGCUGCAGAUCGUGGACACGACCCCAGAAGCCCAAAUCAACAUCACGCUGACUGGAGAGUUGUACUGGAACACCAGCGGCCCGGAGUAUCCAAAUGUGGGGGAGGAUUGGAGCCUGAUUGACCAGUGGGACAUCUACUUGGCACAGGGUUCCAGCCUGUCUUCCAGCCAGAGGUAUAUCGCUAGUGUUCCUCUAACGGCCAAGUCGUACAUUUUCACGGCAGAGCCGUUGAAUCAAGGGGACGACACGGUCAUCGUCUACGCGUCCAACGCAGUGGGAAAGGCACCUUUUGGCAGUGUCGUGCAGUUCGGCCAGUUCGGGGGCCUUCAGACAACUUCCACCACAACGUAUUCUUCAACUUCCACGAAGCCUCUUACAUCCAUGAGCGGACUUACUGUCACUUUCACCGACACGGACACCAACGCAGGUACUUUGCUAGGCACAAUCGCCUGGGACCCUCCCGCCGAUCCCAGUUUACUGACGUCGUAUGACAUCUACAUGUCCAGCGACCAGCAAGGUAGCAAUCAGCAACAACUUGCUGUGGUGCCCUCGAACACAAACUCAUACACAAUCUCGGCCCCGGCCACAAGAACGACGGGCACUGCCUUCCCUGCAAACUGGCUGCUUGUGUACCCAAGCAUUGGUGGGACUAUCUCAACCUACAUUGAUGCGGCCAGCUUGCCGCUGUACGACAACAGCGGCGCCGUUCCUGGCCAGCCAUCCUUUGACACGGUCACCUUCACAGAUGAGGAUCCUGCAGGCAACUUCGCCUCAGGAACCGUAAGGUGGACACUGGCCGCAACCACCGACCUUGGCCACAUCACCCACUAUGCUGUGUACCUUGCUGAGGACCAGGCCGGCCUGAACAAGGUAGCUUUCGGCGACCCGGUCACUUGGGACGUGACGGAAGUGGUGGUUGGCACAGGUACCAUGUUGGAAGCUUACAGCAAGAGGGUCGCUCCGAACCUGCAUUCUGCGAUGACGGAGACUCAGGUGGUAAUCUAUGCUGUCAACACGUAUGGAGACGACUGGUGUCACAGAGACCUCUGUUACAACUACCUCAUUCACCUCAACCAGCACCUCAUUGACUUUGACGACGUCCUCCAUCACAUCCAUCACGGUCAGUACAACAUCCUCAACCACACGAUCCUCGACCACAAGCCGAACUUUUUCAACGACGACAUCGGUCACCACGCUGACCAGCUCAAGCUCCACCGCCACAGCCACCACAGUCACAGUCACUACAUCGACGGCUACCUCCACCAGCAAAACUGUACCAGCACCACCGUUCCGCUGAGCGUCCAAAUCUUGGAUGCUGCGCAGGCUGCAGCAGAGCAAGCACGCAGCGAGGGAAAGUCGCCGGCAGAGCAAGCUGCCUUGGCUGGGGAAGCUGCUCGGGCAGCCGCUGCCGACCUCAACCUCCCCAUCCCGGAGCAGGCCGCCAUGGCUGGACUGGGUGCCUCUGCAGCGGCGAGAAGUGCCGGGAUGAAUGCCACUGCGGAAGCAGAUGCGGCUGGUCGCGCAGCUGGUGGGGUUGGAGCUUUCUACAACUUGACGCUUCAGGAUCAAGCAGGAUUUGCAGGCAAAGCUGCCGGGGUGGCUGCUGCAAGCGAGGCAGCGGAAGCUGGGGCGACGGCCAGCGAACAGGCGACAGCUGCUGGCGCGGCUGCCGCCGAUGCCGUCCACACAUUUUCCGGGAGCGCAGAAGAGCAGGCUUUGGCUGCGGGCGCCGCCGCUGGUGCCGCCAUCGCCGCAGCGGGAGGUUCUCUAGCGGAACAGCGGCCAGCUCAGCCGGCAGCAGUGUCUGCUGCCGCCCUGGCAUCAAACACCACACAAGCGGUCGCUGACGAUCUGGCAGCUACGACGCUGGGCAGCCUGCUGGGUGCAUUGUCGCCUGCAUCCAACCAGACCAAUGCAGCCAACCAGACGUCCGUGCAGCAGGCCGCAGCAGCAGGUGCAGCGGCGGCAAGUAUCGCUGCAGAAGCAGGCAUGACAACAGAGCAGCAGAUUGCAGCUGCGACUGUGGCAGCCUUGACUUCGGGCCAAGGCGCCCUGAGUCAAGAAGAGCUACACCAAGCGGCUGCAAGUGCUGCCGGUGCGGCGGCUGCAGCCGCCGCAGCGAGAGACGGUCUAGAUGCAUUGCAGCAGGCAAGCGCCGCCGGUGCGACCGCGGCUGCCACGGCUGCCAGCCUUGGCAUGACCACAGAACAGCAGGUUGCAGCAGCCGCACAGGCGGCCAUUGCAGCUGGGCAGGGCGUUCUGAGUCAGGCGGAAUUGCAGCAAGCUGCGGCAAGUGCUGCUGGUGCAGCAGCAGCGGCGGCCGCAGCUGCAUCUGGUGCGACUCUGCAGGAGCAGGCAGCUGCCGCUGGUGCUGCUGCUGCCCAAGCUAUCAGCGAGUUCUUCAGCGGGACCCCAGAGGAACAGGCUCUUGCAGCCGGGGCUGCUGCCGCCGCAGCCAUCGCUGCAGCAGGAGGUUCGUUGGCGGAACAGAUACAAGCAGCUGCACAGGCCGUUGCAGCCGCAGGAGCUGCAAGUGGGUUGACGCUGGACCAGAUCGCUGCUUUGGCAAGCACCGCAGGCAGUACUUUGUCCGCAGCUGCUGGAGAGACAGGGCAGCAACAAGCAGCUGCUGCAGCCGCAGCAGUGUCUGCUGCAGCGCUGGCAUCAAACGCCACCCAAGAGGUCGCAGAUGAUAUGGAAGCAACGACGCUGGGCAGCCUGCUGGGUGCGUUAUCUCCGGCAUCGAACCAGACCAAUCCAGCAAAUCAGACAUCUUUGGAGCAGGCAAUCGCGACCGGAUCGAGCACUGCUGACACCGCUGCCAGCCUCGGCAUGACCGCGGACCAGCAGGUCACAGCAGCUGCACAGGCGACGAUCACGUCCGGCCAAGGGGUCUUGGAUCAAGCCGAGAUUCAAUUGGCAGCUGCACGAGCUGCUGGUGCAGCAGCAGCGUCGGCUGCAGCUGCCGCUGGUGCAACACUAGAGGAGCAGGCAGCUGCUGCUGGCGCUGCUGCCGCCGGAACUGUCAGCGAGAUCUUCAACGGGACCGCAGAGGAGCAGGCCUUGGCAAUGGGUGCUGCUGCCGCCGCCGCUGUGGCCGCAGCAGGAGGUUCGCUGGCGGAACAGACACAAGCAGCUGCACAGGCCGUUGCAGCCGCAGGAGCUGCAAGCGGAUUCACGCUGGACCAGAUCGUUGCGCUGGCAAGCACCGCAGGCAGUACUUUAGCAGAAGCUGCCGGGCAGACGGCGCAGCAGCAAGCAGAGGCUGCAGCGGCAGCCGUUUCCGCUGCCGCCUUGGCAUCCGGCGCAACCCAGCAGGUAGCGGAUGAUUUAGCGGCCAAGACGCUGGGAAACCUGUUGGGAGCGCUGUCGCCAGCAUCCAACCAGACCAAUGCUGCCAACCAAACAGCUGCAGAGCAGGCAAUCGGAACCGGUGCGACGGCGGCGGCUGCGGCUGCCGGCCUCGGUAUGACCUCAGAGCAGCAGGUCACAGCAGCCAUACAGGCGGUGAUUACAUCCGGCCAGGACGUUUUGAGCCAGGCGGAAUUGCAGCAAGCUGCGGCAAGUGCUGCUGGUGCAGCAGCAGCGGCGGCCGCAGCUGCAUCUGGUGCGACACUGCAGGAGCAGGCAGCUGCCGCUGGUGCUGCUGCUGCCCAAGCUAUCAGCGAGUUCUUCAGCGGGACCCCAGAGGAACAGGCUCUUGCAGCCGGGGCUGCUGCCGCCGCAGCCAUCGCUGCAGCAGGAGGCUCGCUGGCGGAACAGAUACAGGCAGCUGCACAGGCCAUUGCAGCCGCAGGAGCUGCAAGCGGGUUGACGCUGGACCAGAUCGUUGCGCUGGCAAGCAACGCAGGCAGUACUUUAGCAGAAGCUGCCGGGCAGACGGCGCAGCAGCAAGCAGCGGCUGCAGCGGCAGCAGUUUCCGCUGCCGCCCUGGCAUCCGGUGCAACCCAGCAGGUAGCGGAUGACUUGGGAGCCAGGACGCUGGGAAGCCUUCUGGGAGUUCUGUUGCCUUCGUCCAACGAGACGAAUGCAGAGGGCCAGACAGGUGUGCAGCAGGCCGAAGCAGCCGGUGCGGCGGCGGCGAGUAUGGCUGCAGAAGCAGGUAUGACAACGGAGCAGCAAAUCACAGCCGCAGCUGUGGCAGCCUUGACUUCGGGCCAAAUCCCCCCUCUCGUUGUGGAAGCUUGGUUCAUGCAAGUUUGUGGGUGUCCCGUGCAAGCAGCACUUCCGCUGGUCAUUUCCGAUACUGCACGGGCGCACAAGGACGACCUGGAGGACGCGGUUUCGAGUGCUGCUGGUGCAGCGGCCGCCGCAGCAGCCGCGGGACAGGACAUUUUCCAGCAGGCAGCGGCUGCUGGCGCUGCUGCAGCUGGUGCCAUCACCCAGUACUUCGGCGGGAGCCAAGAGGAGCAAGCACUAGCAGCUGCGAUGGCUGCUGCAGAAGUAGUGGCUGCUGCUGGAGGCAGUGUGGAAGACCAGAUCCAAGCUGCGGCGGCUGCUGUUGCUGCGCAAGGAGCCUCGGAUAGCCUCACACUGGACCAGAUCGCAUCACUUCUCGGUCAAACAAAUCUUCCUCGACUCUCAGCAGAAAGUACUGACCUAAUGGGUGCAGGUGUGAUGUGGGGCUUAAUCGCGACGGCCGUGGGCGGCAUUGCGGUGAUUCUUGCAGUCGUCAGCGUUGGAAAGAUGCAGAAGACGAGGCUGAAGCAGGCACAAGCCUUGCGUCAGGCCACUGAAGAGGCCAAGUUAGCCGAGCGGAUGCAAGACAACUUCGAUGCAACACGUGCAAAGAUCUGCGUGAUGCUGCCCAAGCUCGAGCCCGGCCAGGGAGUUGCAGCCCCGACCCAGUCGCGCUUCCAAUCCGUCCUCGAGGGAAAGAAGGACUUCAACUUCGCCGAUGACGUCCUACCUGGCGAGCGGGAAGCACCACAAGAUACUUUCCGUGGAAGUCAUUGGGGAGAGGAUACCUUUUCCUUGGAGCUCGGUAAUGAGGUGAUUUCGGGAAACCGGAACUCGACCUCGUCCGUCAGCAGGCUCCCAGCGUCUCCUCCUGCAACCGCAUCGGCGAUCCAGAACGACUUCUGGACGGCACCAGAGGUGGGGGACGACGAGCUUCCAACCAUCAAGCCAAGCGCGCCGCGGCUUCAAGGUGGGCCAAGCAAAUUACAAGGUGACGAUGAAAGGUUUUCGGUUGGCAAAGUUCAGCCGCCAUUUUCUCCGACCAGCGGCCUUGUGAGCCCAAGCGGCCGACGAUCUGCAAAAACCCUCUGA